AGGAAAGAGAUAAGGACAUGUGCCAGAAAGAAAAAGGGAAGAAGCUAACACCAACGUUCGAUCCAACGGUUUACGAGGUGACCAGCAGAGACGGUGAUGUGGUCCAGGUAACCGGAAAUGGGAAGUCGUAUACCAGGAACGCCAGUCACCUCAAGAAAGUCGAAUCCUCUGCUGCAGUUCAGCCGGAGAAGGGCCAGUCCCCGAAAAGGACUGAUGAAUCAUUCCCGGCCAAACCAAUUGACGCGGAGCUCACCUCACAGAUGCCACAGGGAGGUCUAAAACUGCGUCUGAAAAAAAAAGGAGAGAUGUGGGAACCCGUGUCAGCUGAUCGGGAUUCGAGCCCAACAAGGGAUACAUAA